CACUUGUCUGGCCUUAAUUUCCACGGUAAGCUCUUGGCUUUGCAUUCAUUAAAGGUCUGCUUUUUAAAGGAUCUUACAUGCUGUAAAUAGUUAAGUACAAGUGCGCACAUAUCGAUUCUGCUUCUACGACAAAGAUGAUUUUAUGUGGACAAUAAUUACAUCGUAUUUGCGUGAAGCGCGUUCAAUCACUCGCGUAGGUCAACCUUUUCAAAGGUAGUAAAAAUAUUGUAUAGAACCGGUUUAAUUAAAUAUCUGGAUAUAUACUAUUAACAUUUACCAACGGAAAUUAAUUAAGAAGAGAAGAAGAAGUUCAGGAUAUAAGAUUCAUUUGUUCAUAAAGGUAAAAAUGACCGCGGAGUUGCCGUCAUUGGUCAUUGACAGUCCCACCGAGGAGUUUCAGCAACGGAGUGCAUCGCGGCUAAACGUCAAGUCAGCUUUGGAGUCACAUCGAAACAAAUACGACCAAGAUAGUGACACAAAGGAAAGUUCUUACAAGAAAUCUAAAAGAAACAGCGAAGGUCAUAUUCUGCAGGUGAAAUUUGCAGCAGAUGUGACUGUUCCCGCCAACGAAAGAUUGAAAACGGAAGUAUCUAGUUUGAACCCCGCUCUCAAAGUUGAUCACAAGCACUACGAGCAAUGGGCGCGCGUACCAGGGAAAAAAGUAGCGAACAGUAGUCUUUUACGAGGAAUUCAGCAGCUUAAAGCGAAAAUGAUUCGUGAAGAGCGUAACGGACUUAGUUUAAGAACUAAUGAGAAAGUAAAAGAAUUGCGCAUAUUUGGGUCUCCGAAUAGGGAGUUUCAUAUUAAUCAGUUAAAAAGAAAUACUUUACUAACAAGAGAGAAAUCAACAGAGGAUAGUGGUAUCAGAUUCAGACGAGAAAAAACUAGUCUUGGUAUAGAAAGUUUUAGUAGUUUAAAGAAUGUAUUCCCAACAAGGAAUGAGUUGAAGCCAAACUCACAUUUGAUAGAUGCUGGAGUUUUCAAACAAGAUAAAGAUGCGUCUGUCACGAGCGAAGUAGAAACAAGAUUAAGUCGUAAUACAGAGCGUGAUUCUGCAAAGCUGCGUCACGGAAUGUCCAGAAUACGUGACAGAAGCUCGCUUCCAAUUUCCGUUUACCAGCCUGUCAACAUCGGCGAUCACGUGUUUCUUGUAAACGAGCCUAUCAAAGAUAGUGAAUUAAGUAAAUUGAACAAAACAGUUACCAAGGACCCGCGCGGAGCAUCGAUGCUUUUCUUGACAGAUAAAACCGAAGAAAACAAUUUUCUUAAUAAAGCGCCUGAGUUAACAUUUGAAAUGAUUUUAGGCGGGAAAACGGACCCUUCUGCAGAGAGUAUGCAAAGGUCAAGGAUGAUGAUAGGAGGACACGCCCUGCCCCCAAGAACUCAGAGAAGACCACAGUUUAUGGUAUCUAGUGCUGAAUUGUAUGACUUUUCUCAGUUGUCCGAGAUUCGGCAUUCAAUGGCAGACAAACUGUUAGAACGCAGUCAAACAGACCUUUUAUUUCCGAGCAGAACUUUAAGAAAUGGUUAUAAAAUAUGCAACAGUUAACAUUUAAUAUACCGUGUAUCGUCCGUUUCUCUUAAAUCCCUUGAUGAUAACAUUGGUGUAUCAGUUCAGCCUUCUAAAGAUUUUACAGGUGGUAAGGGGAUUUAAAAAAUAAUUCCAAAUACGUGUAGUAUAUAAACAUAUUUUAAGUUAUUAAUUUAUCUUCAAAAACAAUUUUGACUGUGUAUUUUCUUUGGACACCAUUGAAAUUGCUAUUUUAACUUAAUUUGACAAGUAUCUUUUUCGGGUUCUUUCUGAAUUUUCAAAACCUCAUAAUAACGAUAUGUUUGUAACAUUCAACGUAAGACAUUUUAGGGAAAUCAUUUAACAGAUGAUACCAGUACAAAACUAACUCUGUCUUGGCCAUAACGUUUAAACAGUUGAAAAAUGUCUUCAGAAUAAAGAAAAGAGUUUUAGUCCUAACCAUGGAGAUCUUAAGAAGAAUGUACAACUUGUAUUUGGUUCUUCCAUACUUAUAGAGAAUUUCUCGGAUGAUCCGCAUGUUUCGAAAUUAGUAAGUCCUGUUAAAUGUCAUGAACUGGAACGGAUACAGACGUAUCUCUGGGUGGCUCAAAGACUUUACAGACCCGCUUUGUAGACAAGUAGUUAAGUUUCAAAUUUUAAAGUUCACAAAAUAUUUUUCUGUAGACCUACAUGCAUUUUUGACUUUUUAACGCUAAUAUUAAGUUGCAUUUUUUUUAUCUUUUCACAAUUUUCAACCAUCGAAGCUUUGACAAAAUCCGCGAGAAUAACGUUCAAGCAGUGAACUACAGUUAACCUCUAGUUUGUGCUGAGUGAUAUUAUCUCUAGUAUUCCUAAAAGUCUAUUUUUACGUUUUUAUAUCGUAAAGAAUAGAAAGUUUUGAAUGUUCUAACUUUAUUGAGGUCAAUAUUAAAUUGAUUAAAAAAGUCAUAUUUUUAACUAGACGUGUAAAUCGUUAAUUAUUGUUGGAAAUGCAUGUAAGUCAAUUGGAAAAUUUUGUUUUAUGAAUUUUAAUUUGACUCGUAUCUGUAAAUGCAAUGUGCGUUGAAUUAAUAUCAAAUUGAUAUAAUGUAUAAAUACAUGUACUUUUGAAGACAAGUUAUGAAACAUUUAGCCUUGUAUUAAGGUUGAAGUAAAUUACUUUUAACAAAAAAUAAAUCAAUUUUAUUGAUUGUUAUAUAUUGAGUGAAGACCCACGAACGUCGGUAUGAUUAAUACAAGUGUCUUUCGAAAACAUUUAAUAUGCACAUGAUAGCAUUUGAUAUUUGAUAACAGUCUUUCGAAGUUUUAUUUACUAAAUGUGUACACAGUAAUAUAUCUUGCAAUUCAUUCACUCCUUUAUAUACUCAUUUUCGCAAAUAGGUUUUAGACACUUUAAAAAAGCAUGGUGGCGUUAUUUUGAUAAAAGUUAUUUUUGUUUUGACGGCGAAAUUCAGAUAAAAAUCAAAUUUUAAUACCGUGACUAACGUUUUGAGACGUUUUUUUUUUUACAUAAUUAUCUUACUGACUUAAAGUUUUUUGUCUAUUUAUAAAACCAUCAUAAAACGUGCGGAAUCUCUGAAAAGAUAUUUCUGCUGUUAUCACUCAGAAGUAGUGAAAAUAUUUUCUAAAAUUUCAAAAGUUUUGACUUAAAUCUAGCUGUAUGAUAUUGGCUUCGAACCACGGAACAAUUCCACUGAAACUUAGAUUUAUACGUAGCGUACGGAAGCAUGGAGGGGACACUGGAUUUUUUUUAAAUUUUAAUUUAUCUUGUAGCCACGAGAUAUAACUAAGAAAAAAAAAACAACAAAAAAACAAUUUCUUAAUUCGUGAAAUAUAUCUAACGAAAAACGAAUUUUUUUUGCUAAUUCGUGGUCACGAUAAAUAACUAAGAAAAAACAAACAAACACGAAUUAGUUGUUUUUUUUUCUUAGAUCUAAAUUUCGUGGCCACGAAUUAGCAAGAAAAAAACGUUUUUUGGUUUUUAUUUUUUUUAUUUUCUUAGUUAUAUUUCGUGGCCACGAAUUAGCAAAAGUCGUUUUUUGUUGUUGUUUUUUCUUACUUAUAUUUCGUGGCCAUGAAUUUGCAAAAAUCUUCUCUUUUUUUUUCUAAGUUAUAUUUCGUGGCCACGAAUUAAGAAAUUGUGUGUUUUUUUCUUAGUUAUAUCUCGUGGCCACGAGUUAACAUUUUUUGUUUUUCGUUUUUCGUUUUUUUUUCUUAGUUAUAACUCGUGACCACGAGAUAAAUAAUUUUUUGUUGAAUACAGACUUGAACACAUCCCCGAUUUAAAACAUUUUAUAUAUGUGAUUUUUACGGUGGCAUAGAGGGGACAUAGGAUAUAUUUUAUUUGUCACGUGCGCACGUGUUAAUUAACACGUGCGCACGUGAUAACUAUCACGUUCGAACGUGUUAGCUAUCACGUUCGCACGUGUUAGCAAACACGUGCGCACGUGAUAAAUAAAAUAGUUCCUAUGUGAACUAGAUAGCUAUCACGUGCGAACGUGAUAAAUAAAAUAUUUUCUAUACGAACGUAAUAGGUAUCACGUGCGAACGUGUUAGCUACCACGUGCGAACGUGAUAGUUAUCACGUGCGCACGUGUUAAUUAACACGUUCGCACGUAUUAGCUAACACGUGCGCACGUGAUAAAUAAAAUAUAUCAUAUGUCCCCUCUAUGCCACCGUAGAUUUUUCUUUAACUUUCUUUCUGCAAACUUCACAACAGGUCCAUUUUGUUGAACCAUGAUUUCAAGUCUGUUAGAUUGUUUUCGUAAAUAUCUUUGUAUUCAGUCAACAAGUAUCGGGUUGGUUAUUAUUACUUAUCAUAUUUUCAUACAAAAAGUUCUUUCAGGUGGUAAAGUAUAAUAGGGUUACUAUAUCAGUAGCUAGAUCUGGGAUGCUAUCCCGCCCGGAUAGCUCAGUAGGUAGAGCGUUGGUCUACGUAGGUAGAGCGUUGGUCUACGGAUCUCGGGGUCGCGAGUUCGAUUCUCAGGCGGGGCGUUUGUUCUCCGUGACUAUUUGAUAAACGAAAUUGUGUCUGAAAUCAUUAGUCCUCCACCUCUUCAUGUGGGGAAGUUGGCAGUUACUUGCGGAGAACAGGUUUGUACUGGUACAGAAUUCAGGAACACUGGUUUAGAUUAACUGCCCGCCAUUACAUGACUGAAAUACUGUUGAAAAACGGCGUUAAACCCAAAAUAAACAAACAAAGAUCUGGGAUGCUGUAUUCGGCUCGAGUGGAUUUUUGCCAGAUCGGAUCUCACGAGGCACGCAAACGCCGAGUGUGAGCCGACCUUGCAAAAUCCACAAGAGCCGAAUACAAAAUCCCAGAUCUAGCUACUGUUAUAAUGACCCUUUUAAUAUAUAUAUCUACCUUUUUGUUUGUUGUUUUGUUAUUGAACGAAAUAUUCAAUGUGUAUGGAUAUUAAAAUGGAACUA